AUGAGCUCAUACAAAUGUAAGCUGGUGUCCUUGCUGAAUCCAGAACUGAAGGACCAGGUUCCUAAAUUCAUCAGUAGCAAAGUUGUUUCUGGUCCCUUAACUCCAGUCGACUUGGAACAGAAGCGGGACCUACCUUCAUCAUUUCUCUUCGACGAUAACGUGAACCUGAAGUGGCUCACCUGGAAUGGCUUUCUGCCAAAUGGUGCUGUUUCCAUCUAUAAUGGCUACACCAAGAGAACCGACUACGUCUGCAAGUACCAGUGUGAGGCCGGCUUCUACAACCCUAGCCUCGGCCCGUACUGCCGAUACCCUUAUGGAGAUCGCGAGUACUAUGCCUCUAGUGGCGGAUCUAGGAUGAAGCUGUUGGUGCUCAUCCUUCUGUCGGCCCUACAGGCCAUCUCCUCGGCCAGCCUGAAGGAGAUUGUGAAGAAGAGCAUCCAGCACGGAAAAGGUGAUGAAUACUGGUACAAGCACUAUCAGGUUCUGACCAUCAACAGGGACGCGUACACUCAGCACAUCACUGAUGUCAAGUAUGGCAUUGAUGAGGUCGCCAUCUAUCAGUAUGCUCCUGAAACGAUGCAUAACUCCAGAGUCACCAACAAUGAGUGCCAGGCCAUUGUGAAAACAGCCACCAUCUCCAAGACCUCAGAAGUGGAGAAGACCUGGAACAUUGGCAGAGCGACUAAGAUUGGCAUAACCAGCAGCAUCACAGCCAAUAUCCCUCUCAUCGGAUCCGCUGGCAUUGAGAUGAGCGUAGAGAAAACGAUGCAGUUCUCUAGCGGUCUCACUGUGGUGGAAUCGGUUAGCCAUUCAGUGUCAGUUGAGCUCAAAGUACAACCGAACCACUCCUGCAGGGUCCGAAUGGAGGGGAGGAAGAUGAAAGCAGACAUCCCCUUCACUGCUCGUCUGAGCAGAACAUACCGUAACGGUCAGACGCGGUGGACGUCAGAUCGGAGAAGUCCGGGCCGUAGUGGAUCGCUGUGA